AUGACGUUUCAGGUCGUGAUUGUCGACAAGGACGUGCGCUUCCCGCCGCACAAACUCGUCCCGCCGGACGACCCGCAAUACUCCAGCGCGCACUCGCCGUUGCCUCCGCUUAUCCCUACAUCGCCACUCUACCCGGACGGGCUCAUAGCGCCGAUAUGGGUCCGCAAGCAUACAACGCUCGUCCCGUCCGUAUUCGUUAUGUUUAUGCACAUCUUCGAGCCCUCUCAAAAUGCGCCGCAUUCCCCUCUUGACCCUGGGGAUGGAGACCACGAGAUAGAGGCAGAGGAGCGAAUGAGGGACAACGAGCUGUGUGCGGAGAUUGCGCAGAAGAAGUCGACGAGCGAGCGGGGAGUCAAGCUGAUGGUGAUCCCGUAUCAUCUGAUAAGUGCAGACAACCCAUCGUUGGAUGGCCGCUUAACAUACAUCCGGAGACAGAGCGGGCUUGACCCGCGGGCGGCCCCUGAGUCCUGUAUCGCAGUCCGAGAUCGGCGACUUUGUACGCAGAUGCGACGGUGGAUCUGCACUUGGCACUCAUUGCUCAACCCAUUCAGCCUGCAGGAGGCUCUGUACGAGCCCGCCCUGGAGUAUUACACGAACCACUCGAAGCGCGUGCGCCGAAAGCGCAAUCGCUACUCCCAGGCAGCGACAUCGUAUGUUGCACCGAGUCUGUCUGGGAGCAAGUCGGCGGCACGGCCGCUCAGGCCGGAAGGCUGGACGGUCAGAUACGAGUACAAGAUGGCAUGCUUUGCGGAGUUUCGCGGAGAGGACGAGGUCGCGCUGAAGCACUAUCAGGAUGCGUAUUCGACACUGCUCCUGAUUUUCCGGUCGACUGCGAUCCUGCCGCCUCGUACUAAGCGUUGGGCAUAG